AUGGGGGCUAACCCACCAGCUAACCCCACCACAGAGCUGUUCCUCACCGGUGCCCUGCCUACCAGCGCCACAUUCCCCUACCCUGCCCCCCUCUCCUCUUAUCAGCACCCUGGUGCCUUCCCCUCGCGGAGCUACGCCACCACCCCCUCCCUGGCCCUCCAGGACCACGCCUUCAGCACCUCCACCAACGGCKUMCUCUCCUCCCACCUCGACCCCCUGCUGCAGCUUAAACCCAGCCAGGCCACGCUACCUACCUCCCUGGCCUUCGACCGCCUCCCCACCCCCUCCCUGGGCGCCGCCCUCCCUCCCCAGUCAUCCACAUAUCGCUCGGCCCAGGAGUCGGCCCCCCACCUCCUGCAGCCCCAGUUUGGGCUACUGCCCUUGGCUACCCAGUUYGCCCCCCAGCCUUACACGGUGCCCGUCUUCUCGGGCUCCAUCGAGAGAGCACUUCAGCGGGAAUGUAGUGUGAUCAAGCACCACCAGKGGCCUUCUAGCAGCAGCCACGCUGUCUCGGAGCAGCUGCCUGGCWUGCAGCAUUCCCUYCAGGGCUACCUCGGCUCAGGCAGCGGGGAGGGGGAUGGCUCCUUCCAGCAGGACCCCUCGAGGCAGACCCCAGUGCCCUGCAGCACCUCCAUGGGGACGGACUCCUCCCAYGGGGUCAACGGCGCGCAGCAGCCCAAGACGGGUGUGCAAUCUCAGGCCUACCCCUCCUCCAUCCCCUCUCCCUCUGGGUACUGCUCGUCCUCCACGGGUGCCAAGACUAAAGACUGUUCUUCCAAACUAGCCCCAGAUGGCGGACAGGGUCACCCCCAGUCACAGGGUGAAUCUCCAGAGAGCUACCCCUCCCCAGGCCAGGGGCCAGGGCUGAAGCAUGGUUCGGUGAUUGCCAGCCAACAGACUCAGCCGUACACAUCGGCCCCYCUGCCCAGUCUGCUGUCCACUCUCAGCCACUCUCAGAGUUACAUCACCUCCCAGGCUUACUCCUCUUCCUCCUCAGACCUCCUCAGGCCUUCUCUCUAUAAGACUCUGCCCUCCUUCUCUGGCCAUUCAGGCAAUGUAGCGUCUGUCAGUCAGUCCCUGGUCUACUGCUCCAGCCCUGGGCAGAGCCAGGAGGAUGUGGGCCAGUACGGAGCCCAGGUUCAGGGCCUGUGUCUGGGCAACCCCUCUCAGAGCUCCCCCGCCAGCCACUCUCAGGGUGCCCCUAACGUGAGCUACCUGUCUCAGGGGCAGGCUUCGGUCACUCAGUCUCAGAGCUACGCCGCAGGACAAUCCCUCAGCGCCCCCUACCCCUCCACCAGCGUCCAGAGGUUACCCACAUCAAUAUCAGGCCAGGGCUACACCCCCUUCUCUUCAGCCUCUCCCCUCGCCUUCCAGAACAACUGCAGGUCCUCAGUACAGGACGUAAAGCCAGCCUACUGCAAACUGGAACUGGAAGGAGAGAUCCCCAUCGAGGACCUCCAGGCUCUCCAGCAGGUCUCUUUAGAAACCUCCAGCCUGGGGGGCAGUGACAAUGUGGUCUACGUAGUCUCCAAAAUGGAUGACCGUUACAACACUCAGAGUGUGAUCCGGAGCAACUCGCGAGCCGAAGACCAGCUCAUGGGCCCAAAGACRAGAACCAACGCCCAGCUCAUGUCUUCCCAUGAGGAGCUGAAACAGCACUCGCUCCUGCUCAAAGGGCCCGAGCCACGGCAACAAAAUCACCAGGCCUGCCCUGACCAACACCCAGAACCAGUACAUCAGGGCCCCAACUCUCAGGUUCUACUGGAGCCUAAUCGGGACCAGCAGAUGGUCCUGAUCCAGCGCCUCUCAUCCACUGUGGUCUCAACCCUUCCAAGAGUCCAUGCUGCUGGCGGACGAGAGAACAUCCUGUCCAACGUGGACGACAUCCUGGCUGCCACAGCAGCCGCCUGCGGUGUCACGCCGCAGGACUUUGUCAAAGCCACGCCGGCGCCGCUGAGGACGGACACCAGUUCCCUAAAGGGGAGGGGCAUCUGGCAACAGUACUCAAUGUCACACUCACACACCACUGUAGUCAACCCCAGGCACGACAUGGGCGCCGACGAUGGUUUGCUACGGAAGCCCGGAGACGAGCCAGACAACAUUUCGCCCAGAGGACAGUCUGUUUACCCUAGCAACAGAGCCGAUGGCAACCCCAACGGAGGCCACCUGAGAAUGAGUACCACCUGGCUGGCCUGGGAACCCAAAGGGCCCAAAGUCAUCAAGAGAGAAGACGGCCUUGACGAGAGUCCCUCUGACGGCUUUGUCAACCCCAAAAAGAGGGUCCGCUCCAAGGCUUCGGCCAAGCCACCCGUUCCAGAGGAAGAGAACAUCCAACAAAGGAAAAAGACAGUCCAGGCCAAGAGGCAGAACUCCCGGGGCAGCGACCCCACCAGCUCCCCCUCCACCUCGGAGGCGGUCUACGACAGCUACCAGCAGCAGGAGAGGAUGAGGCAGAAGAUCCGUGAGGUGGAGGAGCAACAGCCAGAGGUKAAAACAGGCUUCAUCGGCUCCUUUCUGGACUUCCUCAAGUCAGGUCCCAAACAGCCCUUCUCCUCGCCCCCCGUACGGACCCCCAGUCGCUCCCGRAAGCCCUCGGCUUCGUCCAAGCGGCCCCUGUGCGCCAUACCGCCUCUACCUCUGAAAARACAACCUCCAUCAGCCCCAUUGAUAGGCGAUGAGGGCCUUGGGGUUGCGGGGAGCUCUCAGCAGCAGCAGAGGCGUCUGGAGGAAGGGCUCCAGAAGAACCUGGAGACACUGCCAUCGUUCAGCUCGGACGAGGAUGAGAGCAGCGCUGGAAAGAACCAGGCCCUCCAGAACAGCAUCAGCUCAGCCCUGUCGGCCCUGGACGAGCCCUCAGACAGGACACACAAAGCUGACAACAGACUCUCCAACUCUCUCCUGAAGCCAGACCAGGCUCCCAGCAUGCCUCACUCAGCCUCCAAAGCCCAGGAGCAGCAGACGGCUGCACCGAAGGAGUCCUCGACAACCGGCUCGUCAUCAUCGGUGACUGGGUCGUCGGGGCAGGAGGGGGCGAAGCCGGCGCCCCCAGGCCAGCUGGCCGUCCAGCUGACCAGCGUGGCCAUAGAAGGACUGACGGACGAAGAACUGUCGGACAGCGGGGGAGAGGGCAUGUACCGCGAGAGGGACGAGUUUGUGGUCAAAAACGAGGACACAGGGAGCCUGAAGGUGACAUUGACAGCUGGACAGGAACCCCCAGCCAUCUGGAAGGUCCAGAAAGCUCUGCUGCAGAAGUUUGUCCCUGAGCUGAGGGACAGCAAGAGAGUGUUCUCAGCCACUAACAGUUAUCUGGGCUACUUUGGUGACGCUAAGACCAUGUACAGGAGGGUGUAUGUCAAGUUCCUGGACACGGUCAACAAGAAGGAGUACGUCCGUGUCUGCAACCGUAAACCCCGCUGCAAGCCCAUGUCCUCCAUGAG